GGUGAUACCAUCGUGAAAAUGAAAUCAAUCACUAUUAUCUUGGCUGUAGUACUUGCUGGAGUUUACGCUAGCAGAUUACCUGACCGCGUACAACUAGUUCCAACCGAAUAUCCAAUCGAAGGCCAAAACGUUGUAACCGAUUCAAUAGCGGAAGCGUUAGAAAAUGUAAGCAAUCGAAUCCGUGACGCUGGACUUGACCCUUGGACGUUCGACAGGGCUGGAUUUGCCUUUGAACUGCCUGUACCUGUGAUCUUGUCGAUCGAUGCUCUAAUCGAGAACAUCGCGUUCAGAGGUCUUAGCAACAUCGUCAUCAACAGCAUCAAUUUUGCAAUACUAUCUGGAAGGUUGACCUUGGAUAUUUCCUUGCCUGAAUUAUCCGUUGAAAUUGGUAAUGUCGCAUUGGACGCAGUUGCUCUAGGAGCGGAUAUAAACGUACAUAUAAACGGCAGAUUAUCCGUGAUCGAACCUCGUGUUUCUGGUGAAGUAGUUCUGAACUUCCUCGGUGUUAUUGUUGGUCCUAUAAUCCGUUCAAUAGACCUUGAAUUCGAUCUCCAAAGGAUUCAGUACAAUGGCCGCUUCAACUUUUUUGGUACUGAUAUAUCGGAACGAGUCAAUACUUUUGUUUCAGUAAACAUACCCAACGCUAUUGUGGCACACCAGCAAGAAGUCAACGAGCUUGUCGAGAUAAUCGCUCGGCAAAUUAUUGAAGAUUUUUUCUGAAAAAGGAUUUAACUGUAAAGGGGGAUCAUUCCACUUUUUAAUACUAACUUUUAUUUCAGUGGAAUUUCUGUACUAGAAGUUGUUUGUAUUAUUGGGUGGAAUAACAUCCUCUUCGGGUGCAAAGCAAUGGAUUUGAAUUUAAGCAGUGGAUUGAAUAAAUUAAAUGUUAACUUAUAUUUAAUUUAUUCAAUGAUGCUCCUCCUC